GAGCGUAAAGUGCGCAGUUUGCGUUGCAGUAGCAGCGCGAGCGCAGUGUUGGGCUGAACGCGGACCUGUUGCACCUGUCGGGCGGCAGGAAAGGGGGGUCGCGCCUCGCAGUCGCUGAGAGCCGAGAGCAGUGAGUCCUAAGCUGUAGAAACACAAUUAUAUCACGGUCUUUUAUCAAAUAAGUGCGGAACUCGGCAGUUCUGUGUCCACCUGCCUGUGGACGUCGUGUCAUGAUGAACGGAACCCAGUGACACUCACAGAGCUCGAUUUUACGGUGAGGUGUCCAGGAGGCUCCAGGGAUCAUGCCGGGGAAGCUGAAGGCCAAGAUUUUAGCUGGACGCCACCUGCCUGUCAUGGACCGGGCCAGUGACCUGACCGACGCCUUUGUGGAGGUUAAGUUUGGAAACACCACCUUUAAAACAGACGUGUUUCCCAAAUCUCUGAACCCGCAGUGGAACUCGGAAUGGUUUAAGUUUGAGGUGGACGACGAGGACCUCCAAGACGAGCCGUUGCAGAUCACAGUGCUGGAUCAUGACACCUACAGUGCCAACGAUGCCAUAGGCAAAGUUUACAUAGACAUCGACCCUCUUCUGUCCACUGAAGCCGCUACUGUUAUAUCUGGCUGGUUUCCUAUUUAUGACACAAUACAUGGCAUCCGUGGGGAAAUCAGUGUUCUGGUGAAAGUGGAGCUCUUCAGUGACUCAAAUCGUUUCAGACAAUCGUCAUGUGGGGUCAAGUUCUUUUGCACUCCGUCCAUCCCUAGGUGUUACCGACUGGCUGCGGUACACGGCUUUGUGGAGGAGCUUGUUGUGAAUGAGGAUCCGGAGCACCAGUGGAUCGACCGAAUCCGCACACCGCGGGCGUCCAACGAGGCUAGGCAGAGACUCAUCUCGCUGAUGUCUGGUGAGCUCCAGAGGAAGAUCGGUUUGAAAGUGCUGGAGAUGGGGGGCAACGCCGUCGUGGGCUAUCUGCAGUGCUUCGACCUUGAGGGUGAAUCGGGACUGGUGGUGCGCGCCAUUGGCACUGCCUGCACACUGGAAAAACCGGGCAGCCUGCCACCAUCAGCACCUUCUGCUUCCCCAUCCAUGGAGACAAAAGAGCUGUUACUCUCAAACAACUCAUCGACAUUACCGCCCUCAUACCCUGUUACUGUUCCUUCACCUGGACCCUCUGCUCCCCUGAAAUACCAGCCUUUCUCCUCCUCAUCCCCCAAGUCCUGCAGGCAUCAGUCCUCCUGCUCAGACACAGAUUUGAGCUUCGUGCCAAAGAUUGCCCCACCCCUCCCAUCCCACAGGUUUCACCCAUACCCUAGCUCCCCUGCCUUCUCCUCUGAACCCCUGUCCAGCUCAGCUCCCUCGCGCCUCCACUGGGGGGCCAAGAGGGCCCGGGGGUUUGCCACGCCCACGUGCUUGGCCAUGCUGAGGAAGACUAUGUCUUUCAGUGAAAACCUGCCCCUGGAGGCCUCUGGAAUCGGCAGCAGCGGAAGCAGCGGGAAGGAGGGGUGUUCAUUUAAAAUGCCCCAGAAGCAGGUGACCCCGUCAGCUCUGGAGCAGAGGGAGUUCCCAUUCUUCACCUUCACUCGCUUCCCACCUGGCUUUCUGCUCCAUGUGGGAGGUGUGGUCAGCGCACGCUCAGUCAAGCUUCUGGACCGCAUCUACAAUCCUGAUGAGCCAGAAACACGCGACGCCUGGUGGGAGGAGAUCCGCCAGGAGAUCAAGUCCCAUGCUAAAGCCUUGGGCUGCCAUGCUGUGGUGGGAUACAGCGAGUCUACCAGCAUCUGCGAUGAGGUGUGCAUCCUCUCCGCAGCGGGCACCGCAGCAGUCCUCGACCCCACCUUGAUGCAGGAGGGCUGUUUGGAUGACGGUGGUGAACACAGGCUGGAUGAGCAUUCAUUUUUGAGCUGUGUUUUCUGCCACGUCCCGUACGACGACUUCAAUUCGCCUUUCCCAGCGCAUCUCGCACAGUGUUGCACCUGCGGCCGGCACAAGGUCCCGGAUGUGCUCUUUACCACAAUUGAGCUGCCCCGGGAGGCAAAAGUGUCUGGGAAAGGUUGCCUCAUCCAGGCCAGGCUGUGCCGACUGAAGAAGAAGGCCCAGGGGGAGGCCAGUGCCACGGCUGUCAGCAACCUGCUGCCCUUUAUGGAGUAUGAGCUGCACACCCAGCUGAUGAACAAGCUCAAACUGAGGGCCAUGAACGCGCUUUUCGGCCUGCGUGUCCAGAUCAGCCUAGGGGAGAACAUGGUGGUGGGGCUGGCGUCUGCCACGGGAGUGUACCUUAAUGCACUCCCCUCCCCAGGAGGGGUCCAGAUCGCUGGGAAGACCCCUGGGGACACAGCCCAGGAGCAGCACAUCUCCAACAUGCAGAGGAAGAUCAAUGACACCAUUGCAGGAAACAAGGAGCUGUAUGAGAUCAACCCCCUGGAGGUCGCCGAGGACGUGUCCGGAUCCCCUAUCCCAGAGCCCCAGCGUCGGCCCAGACUCUUCAGGUCCGUGUCUGAGAGUUCGACCGAGGUACCAGAGCUGGACCUGGCUUACGGGAGGAAGGACGCCUUCGUCCUGGAGAUAGAUGACACGGAUGCACUGGAGGACAUGCAUUCCCUCCUCACAGAUGCCCCGGCCCCAUCAGGGUUUUAUAGCUGCAAUACUGAGGUUAUGCCCGGGAUUUACAGCUGGACCUCAGCUGUACAGAUGUUUACGUCAGUGAGGAUGUUCCGACUGGGCAAUGCCAACCUCACCAACCAAGGGGUCAACAAGGCUUUUAAUGACCUUUGUGAGGAUCUGCUCAAGAGUCUGUAUUUCAAGGUGCGCUCCAUGGUUCCCUGCUGUCUCUGCCAUCUGAAUUUCUCUGUGGCCGUGCCAGAGGAGGAGCUUGUUCAGGUGACUGUCACAGCUGCAGCCAUGACGUUUGACAAGGACGGCAGCCAGGAGCCAAACAGGACGACCCCCAGGGAGAACGACGAGCAGCUCCAGUUCGCCCUGGAGCUGAGCACCGAGCCUGCCUCGCCCCCCACGUUCUCCUCUAGGAAAGGACUUCCAGGAGGAAGCGAGACACAUGUUGGUGCCAGAGCCUCAUCCGUUGAUUACGGCUCAUUUGCGGACCGAUGCAGCACCCUGGUAGAACUCAUUAAAGUGAAGGCCCAGACCAUGAGACGUGGAUCCAUUAAGACAAUCUCAUCCCUAGAAACAGGCAGUCCCCUGCUCAGAGAUCGUUCGCGCUCCGUGCGGUCCACGCACUCUUACAGCAGUAACGCGGUCACAGUGGUCAAAAUGACUCCGCUCUCGUUCAUCCCCAACACCAGAAUCAUUAAGUACCUGGGUAUCAUAAACAUGUUCUUCAUCCGGGAGACUUCAUCACUGCGGGAGGAGGGGGGUGUGAGUGGCUUCCUUCACGGGUUUAUCACUGAGGUCUUCGCCAUGGUCCGGGCUCAUGUAGCAGCUCUGGGAGGCAAUGCUGUGCUCUCCUACCAAAUGAAGGAGUGUGUUUUCAUGGAGAACCCCAACAAGAACCAGGCCCAGUGUCUUAUCAACGUGAGUGGUGAUGCUGUCAUCUUGGUCAGGCACACAGAGCCUGAUCCCUAGGCCCAGCUAGAGUGCCAAAGGGGGCUUCUCUAUGCCAGGAUCUGGAGGAGCUUGCCGGGAUGGAAAGCUGCUGGUCAUCCGCACCACAUCUGCACUUAACAAAUCACUCUUGCUUUGUCCAGACCACCUCAGCACCAUGAAGACCACAUCUGGGCAGGCACUUCCAUCAUUAGUCCUUGGAGGCUAACCCCUUAAGAAAUCAUGUACUGGCUAACUUGGUGAAACAUUUUCACCCUGCAAAAUUUGAAUUUGUGUCUGGUGCUCCCAAGGGAUGGUGAUCAGUAACAGUAAGACGAUAAACGUCGCACAUGUUUGUGGGAUAAAUCAAUCAGCAAACGACAUUGAAUAGUUGUCCGUGGGGAUGAAAUUUUUAUUUUCAGUCACUUUAAAAUAGAUUUAAUGUAGCUCAAAGUGAAUAAA